CCGGAAACGGAAAUGGGUUUCCCUUGUUUUGAAAGAGGGAAAUUUAAAAGUGGACAUCGUUAAGAGUAAACAGACUAGCGAGAAAAAUGCACUUUCAAAAGAAGAGCAAAAUAUGAAUGCAGACUAAAGAUAUUCAUCUGGGGGUAAGGUUGGAUACCAUCAUGAGGAAGAAGUCAAGAAGGUUAAAGGAAGCUGACAAGUCCGGCAAACAGGAAGAUUGCUGUGCUCUGUGCAGAUGCAGUGAUGAUGACCCGGCCUUAUUUGGGGAAAAGGUCAAACUCGAAGAGCACAAAUUCUCUGUCCAUUACUUCUGUUUGCUGACGUCUAGUGGAGUUUACCAGCGAGGAGAAGAGAACGAGGGUGUGUUUGGUUUCCUGGUGGAUGACAUCAAACAGGAGAUCAGGAGGGCAGCUCGGAUGACAUGCUAUGGUUGUAAGAAGAAGGGCGCAUGUGUUGGCUGCAAUGUCAGUAGCUGUAGGAAGGUGGUGCACUUCCCCUGUGGGAGGAAGCUGAUGUUCAUCACACAGUACAACGAAAUAUUCCCGUCUUACUGUCAGGAUCACAGUCCAACUCAAUCUCUCUGCGUUGACUCAGACUUCAGUCUUCCUCAGUCCUGCUCAAUAUGUUUAGACUCUAUUGAGCCUGUCUUGUCCUACUCUGUCCUCAAGUGUCCGUCCUGCCAUGGCAGCUGGUUCCACAGAGACUGUGUGCAGCAUCAGGCCCACAGCGCGGGACUCUUCUUCUUCAGAUGUACUCUCUGUAACAACAAGGAGAACUUCCAGCAGGAGAUGGUCAGAAUGGGGAUAUACAUCCCAGAAAGAGAUGCAUCAUGGGAACUGGAGGCAAAUGCAUACUCUGAGCUUCUGGAGGUCUACAAUCACUGUGACUCUGUUAUCUGCCUCUGCAACGAGGGACGCACAUACUCUAAGAAGGGGUGGUUCGAGGUGAUCCGAUGCUGCCUCUGUGGAUCCAGAGGAACCCACAGGAAAUGUUCAGAUCUAAAGCUGAACACCACAGACUGGGCCUGCAUCGACUGCAUAAAUGCAACGGAUGGGAAAGCAUCUCUGGUUGCAUCACCUCAGAGUGGCCAGAAGAGAAGCUUACUGUCCAAGCGCCAUCUGACGCCCUUGACCUCCCCGUUAGGCUGUAAAAGACCGUGUACUCGUGUAAGACCCGACUCACCUGAGGAGCUCCUAAGGUCUUUACUUUCUCACCCUAGUCCUGUCAGCGCCCAGGUGGAGGUCCAUAGAGACCAGGCUCUAUCAGCUGGCCUGGACCUGGUCAGAAGGACCAAUUUUGACCCCACGCACUCACUGUCUGUCAGGUUCAAAGAUGAGCAGCACCUGACCCUGCCCAGCACUCACCGCACUGGAGACGCAACCAGAAAGUACUUCCUGGAUCUACUGAUGCAGCAGAUCCAGAACUCCGUGGUGUUUGAGGGCCCAAGCGGAUCCAAAAACCUGGCACUGGACUCCCAGGCUCUGCGUGAGGAUCUGUACUUUGACAUAGGCUCCCUGUUGGCUCUCUGUCUGGUCCACGGUGGUCCACCUAUUGGUUUUUUCUCCCACGGUCUCUACCAGUGUCUGUUUAACUACCCAGCCAACUGCCCCCUCAGUUUGAACCACAUGACCCCUGAAACACACUUCACCCAGCAAGUCCACCGGAUUGCAGCCGCCGAGUCUCUAGAUGAGCUGAAGGAAGUGAUGAAAGCGAGCUGGGAGUUCCUGGAGCUGGCAGGCUGCAACAGACCAGUCACCAGUCUGGAUGAGAGAGAGACUCUGGUGGAAGAUCUGGUCAGCUUCACCAUGAUCACCAGGAUGCAGCUGCCUCUGCAGAGGUUACGAGAAGGCCUGCACACGCUGGGUGUAUUUGAUCAGGUUCAGCUCUUCCCAUCCGUCUUCUUCGGUGUUUUCUGUGAUGCUAGAGAAACGAUGACGGCCGACACGCUCGACCGGCUCUUCACCAUGAACUUCUCAGAACAGCAGGAGACACGGAACCUAGAGACGCCUAUCGUCUCCUUCUGGAGACACUUCUUGCUGGAGUGUGAGGUUGGAAGGAGCUCCAUCUCCCUUCACGACGUCCUUCAUUUUGUCACUGGUGCUGAUGAGCUUCCAGCAGUGGGCCUCUGCCCACCUCCCUCCAUUUCCUUCCUCCACCAUGUCAGGCUGGAGGAGCAGAUGGAGAACGCAGUGGAAUGGUGGGAUGACGGGCUUUUCCCUCAGUGCAAACCAGCGACCAACCACCUCCUCCUGCCUGUUACUUCCACCUACAAGGCCUUUAAAAGCUCCAUGGAGCAGGCCAUCAGCCAUCAUAUGCACCUGUUCCCUUCAGGGUCUUAGAUGUGGGUGAGGGAAAAAAGGAGACAAUCUGUUUCUCAUGCCAACCUCUGUGGAGUGGACUUUUGACUGUUAAAUAUACUGUAUUAUUUUCUAAAGUUGGUCUUUUUUUACCUCAGUGUUCCAGAGACACUCCAUAUAUCUUUAGCAUGUUGGUCAUAUUUUGGUUCAAAACAAAGAAAUUCCUUUCAGAUUUGAUCACCUUUAACUCAAAUUGAUGAGGUUUUGAAUCUAUGAGUAGGAGUGGUUUAUGGUCAUGUUUCUCCUUCAUCUUCUGCCAGUUCAAGGCUGCACAAUAUCAAGAAAACAUGACAUUGCCAUAAUUAUUUUCAAAUAUUGUGAUGAUGGUAUUAGUUGUGAUUGACCUUCUCACUAAUAUUUGUACCACAUAGGGUGGUACAAAAAUUUAAUAUAGCCUGCCAAUCACAGUAUCCAAGCAACCUUUUGGGGUUGCAAGAUUGUUCUCACUAAUAUUGCUAUGAAUGCUAUUUUUAAUAUAUUAUGCAUCUUGAGCCAAAACAUAGAACUAUGUCUCUUAAUCCUGUUUGACACUCCCAAAGUAAAGCUGUCAAGUUUCAGGUUAAACUAGUGUUUGCAGACGUAAUAGUGCAAACUCAUUCAAAGCCUUGUUAAUGUGUUAUGGGACCAGUUAUUAGCUCCAACUGGAAAACCGUUUUCUCUCAACAGACAACCCUCAUCUGAAAAACAGCUUUAGUUUUGUUUUUAUUUUUGUCAAAAUUAGAGUAGCAUUUGGCAUCCAUAACUCUAGUACGACAAUCAGGAAACUGUUUUUAAAUGAUUGUCUUUGGGGGGGAACAUGAUGCAUUUAAAAAUAGAUGCAGUAAAAUAAAAAACAUCUAUGGAUCUAUUGAAGAAAAAGUUCUUAUUAGCAACAGUUUUUAUAUAAUGAUGUUCCCUCAAACUUAAGAUUUGUUCAGAAUAAGGUAUUUUCAUGGCAUUAAUUAACUGAUUUAGCUUUUAUUACUGGCUUUACUGUUUCAGUUGUACUGCGUGAGCAGCAACACGGACCAAAGCUGAGGACUGGAUUUUCCUUUGGUUUUAUCACCAUCUAUUUUUGGAUUUUUGCGCUUCCACGUCUGAAUCAUUUCAUAUUACAGAUUUUAAUUCUGUUAGUUUUUGUUUUUUUGCAACACUUUUUUCAUGUGCAUCUCUUGUAUUUUGUACCGUGCUUACUUUAUUAUGCUUUGAAAUUAGGUGCUAGUUUCCCCAUGUUUGUUAUUCUGCUUUUCAUAAAAUCUAAUUCUUGCUCUGCGUUUC